AUGGUCAACACAAUUGUUCAGCUGUCCAAGCAGCCGCGCAUCAUCAAUUCUCCUUUUGAAGAUGCAGUCAUUAUUACUAUUAGAGAAAAUGUUGAAACUGCUGAUAAGAGCAAUGCUGACGCCACCACCUCCAUCCUCAACGUCUACCAAAGUCGCGUCCAGCUGGGCCAGCUGAAGGACGACCCGCACCAGAUUGAGGUGAUUCAGAAGCUGCAGCGACUGGACGAGGACCUGGCCGGGUACACGCCCGCCUCGGGCGCCAGGACGCUGCUCAUGGACCUGUCCAUCUUCUCCAAGUUCUUCGGCAUCCACGACCAGCACUCGGGCGCGGAGGACGACGAGCCGAAGGUCCGCGGGCUGUACCUGCACGGCGACGUCGGCUGCGGCAAGACCAUGCUCAUGGACCUCUUCUACGAGAACUGCUGCGUCGACCGGGCCUUCAAGCGGCGCAUUCACUUUCACUCCUUUAUGCUCGAGUUUCACAGUCGCCUUCACCGCUACAAAAUGGCCCACCGAAAGGAGGAGGACGGCCGUCCGGCGCUUCACUUCAACCCGAUUCCCGCCAUUGCCGAGGAGAUUCUCCGCGAGUCCUGGCUCCUCUGCCUGGAUGAGUUUCAGGUGACGGACAUUGGCGAUGCGAUGAUACUGCGCCACUUCUUCAAGGAGCUCUUUGACCGAGGCAUCGUCCUGGUCGCCACUUCAAAUCGAGCGCCUGAUGAGCUGUACAAAAAUGGCCUCCAGCGAAGCACCUUCCUGCCCUUCAUUCCAAUGCUAAAGAGGCACUGUGAAGAGGUGCACCUUCAAUCGGGCAUCGACUACCGCCGGCUGGUCACCUCCUCGGAGCAUCAAGUCUACUACGUCAAAGACGACGAGUCGGACGCAAAGAUGGAGCUGAUGUUCAAGGUGCUGGCCAACAAUGAGACGGACAUUGUGCGACCAAAGACGUUGACGAUAAAGGGCCGAAAUGUGUCCUUUCAGCGUACCUGCGGCGGCGUCCUCGACACCACCUUUGAAGAACUUUGUGAUCAGCCACUAGGUGCCAUCGAUUACCUGACCAUCUCACAGGCGUUCCACACCAUCAUCGUCCGCAACAUACCUCGCAUGUCGGUGCGGGUGCGCGUACAGGCUAGGCGUUUCAUCACCAUGAUUGACACCUUCUACGAUCAUCACGUGCGAGUGCUCUUCGGGGCGGAGGUGCCCGCUGAAGAGCUGUUCAGCGCUGAGCCGGUGGACAGCGGAGAAGGAGGAGAAGCUGCUGCCCCUGAAGAUGAUCACCGGAAGUUGAUGGACGACCUGGGCAUUGCACUGGGCAAGGGUGAUGCCAAUGCCAACGCCAGCAUCUUCAGCGGUGAAGAGGAGAUCUUCGCCUUUGAUCGAACACUGUCGAGGAUGGCGGAAAUGCAAACGUCGGUCUACUGGAACUACAAACGUGUCACAUAG